AUGAAGGUGGGAGAUAUUCAUCGUUUUAUUAUCACAUACGUUCCCGAUGAUCCAGAGGGAAUCUGCCAAUCGCUUUAUAUUGGUGUGAAAAAUGUAGAAAAUGUGUUUCUCACGCCGAACAUAUUGUCCGGGCCGUAUAUGCUCUACUGUGAUAUAGCUCCGGCUGAUUUUGAUAACACCAAGCGUUGCUUUAUCACGGCUGACCAACCCCAUUAUAAUCCUAAUGUAAUGCCUGGUCAGAAUAUACAUGCCAGCCUUUCUUGCCAUACAAUGCAAUCCAAACACGUUUGGGUGGUUAACGUGAUAUCCCAGAUUGUUUUCAACACAUCAUCCGAAAUCAACUUUGAAAUCUUCAUUUGCAGGAAGCCUGAACAACUUCAUAAGCGAUAUUAUAAGGAUUUCUAUGGUAAUUUUGCUCAGAAUUUGGAUGUCCAGCAUUUCACCACUUUGGAUCUUUGGAAUCAGCCUCCUCUUUUCAUUCCAUGCAAGGAACAUCCAGUUCAUUUGGUGAUUCUGACACAUGGACUCUAUUCCAACACUACCGCCGAUAUGUUUUACAUGAAGCAGCGUAUCCAGCAAAUGUGUGCGAGAACUGGAGAAAAUAUAGUGAUUAGAGGAUUCACUGGUAACGUUUGUAAAACGGAAAGAGGCGUGAAAUAUCUUGGACGAAGGUUAGCUGAAUGGAUUGUCAAGACAGUCGUGCCUGAAAUUGGACAGGUGAUGAAAAUCUCGUUUAUAGCGCACUCUUUGGGAGGUCUAGUUCAAACUUUCGCAAUUGCAUACAUCCAGCAUAAUUAUCCUAAUUUCUUCCACACGGUCCAUCCAGAGAAUUUUGUUGCUAUGGCUUCCCCGUUAUUGGGAAUAUCAAACGAAAAUCCAGCAUAUGUGAAACUGUUUCUUUCAAUGGGUGUUGUUGGAAAGACAGGACAGGAUUUGGGAUUGCAAAGCAGUAAGCCGCUACUUCUUUUAUUACCAUCCAAGGCUACACGCAAGGUAUUGAGAAAAUUCAAGAGAAGGACUGUUUAUGCGAAUACUUUGCACGAUGGCAUUGUGCCAUUAAGAACCGCUGCUCUACUUUUUUUGGACUGGAACGGUCUUGCUCAAAUGUACGGCACUUUAAAACUGAGUGGUUCUUUGAAUCCAAACUAUGAAAAUCUGGAAGAAGCGGCCAGCUCCGAUGAGCAUGUGAGUGAGAUCCCUGCAAAUGUGGAAAGAGAGGAAGAUGAUGAGAAUCAAGAUCAGGAUCAAGUUAUUGCUGAAUCAACAGGUAAUAGUUUGUCAGAUUCUGCUGGAAUUGAGGUCGCUGCGGAAGGUCCUGAUGGAAAUGGUCAGGGAAUGCUGGAUUUGAUUAAAGCAAAGCUUCAGUCUUGGGUGAGUACAACUCCAAGUACUGCAGGUAAUACAAGAAUGUCAAAGAAGGUUAAAAGAUAUCAGAGAUUUCAAACCACUAUAGAUGAUGAUGAUGGAGAUGUCAGCGACGUGCAGAAAGUUCCGGCAACACCCAUUCCUAAGACUAAUAUUCUUUCUGGUUUGAGCCGUGUCUUGUUACCGCCUAGACCGGAUUCGGAUUUCAUUCUUGAUCCUUCUACGAGAAAUAAUGUUAUUUUGCAUGACAAAAUCUAUAGGCCAAGCAUGAUUCCGAAACCUAAGAUAUCGAAAUCGAACUCCUUCAUAAAUUCGAUGGAUACAACGAGUAGACAGAGAAUGCUGGAGGAGAAGAUCGCAAGAAAAUGGCAUAAGGGACUGACCUGGAGGAAAGUGUUGGUGAAUAUUCCACCAGAUGCUCAUAAUAACAUGAUUGUGAGAAGGAAUUUUGCUAAUGCAUACGGAUGGCCCGUUGUACAGCAUAUGGUAGAGAGUCAUUUUGGGGAAAAAUGCUAUAAAGGAGAAGACUGGGGUGAUUUUGCAUUAAAUCCUGAAGAUGAGGCUUCUGAUAGUGAUGAAGGUGAUCUGGGGAUAGAAGAAAAGAUGUCAAAAAUACUGGAUAAAGAGCACGCUAAGUCUAUCGCUGAGAGCAAUAAGAGUACACAAAUACCAGUUAAACCUAACCCUAAGCGGCAACCAAUUGCAUCUACUGAUCAGGAGGAGGAGGAGGAGGAUGACGAAGACGAGAGCUGGAUGGACGAUAAUAAUUCGAUUAUUUACGAUGGUCCUACAGGAAUGCUAAAUACGAUCCCUGAAGGAGUGAGUGGACAGGUGGAAGCCUUAAAGAAGACUAUAUUCUUUGAUGAGGAAGAUAAAACAGAUCUUCAUGAGCAUAAAAAUUAUAAAUUAGAUCCAAGUGAAGAAGAUGCGAAGAGCACCUUUGCUAAUGACCCAUCACAAUUGAUGAAUAAUUAUUUAUAA